CGUCUCCGUCACAUUCAGUUUCCAUUAUAUAAAACCCACGUACCUCGCGUAGGUCGGACUACUUCCUCCGUAUUCAGUCACUUUAUAAAAAUUCAUCCAACGAGACCCUACGUCUUCCUCAUCUCCAUCAAGUUUCUCUCACUCACACACCCAACCAUCUUACUAUACUAAAGUCUAUCUUAAAUAAUCUCGAUGACGGAAUCUCUAGGCCAAGCUCGCCCUCUGCCCGAUGGGGUCUAUGUUCCCACCGUUGCUUUCUUUAAGGAGAAUGAUGACAUCGACCUAGAAGCAACCCAACGCCACGCCAUUCACCUUGCCGACGCUGGCGUUGCCGGCCUUGUUGUACACGGUUCGAACGGAGAAGCCGUCCAUUUGAGUCGGGAUGAGCGCAGCCUCGUUAUUAAGACUACACGAGCCGCUCUAGACCAGUCGGACCACCACCUUGUACCUCUCAUCGCCGGAUGCGGAGCGCAAUCUACACGCGAGACGAUCCAGCUCUGCCAGGAUGCAGCGAAUGCCGGUGCUAAUUAUGUCAUCAUACUUCCUCCCGCGUACUAUGGCGGUCUUCUUAACACAUCAAAGAUCGUUCAGCACUUUCACGAUGUUGCUGAUUCUAGCCCCAUUCCGGUCAUGAUCUACAACUACCCCGGGGCUUGCUCCGGUCUAGACCUCUCUUCCGACGCAAUCCUUCAGAUUGCAAAGCACCCCAACGUUGCCGGUGUCAAACUCACCUGUGGAAACACGGGAAAGUUGGCUCGCAUCGUUGAUGGGGCUAAACCUGGUUUCUUUGUCGCUGGUGGCAGCGCAGACUUUAUUCUGCAAGGCCUCGUCGUAGGUGGAAACGGCACCAUCGCAGGUACUGCCAACCUGGUACCUCGAGCAUGUGUUCGUAUCUGCGAAUUAUACCAUGCUGGUGAGCUGAAGGAGGCUAGAAGGCUGCAGGCGAUCGUUGCCAAGGCGGAUUGGAUCGCCAUCCAGACGGGCUUUGCCGGCGUGAAGGCUGCUUUGCAGCACUUCGAGGGCUAUGGUGGGGAACCCAGGAAGCCCUGCGGAUUGCCAAGCAGCGAACAGAUGGAUAUGAUUACAAACGGAUUCGCAGACGUGAUAGCUUUAGAACAGAGCUUGGCCUAGAGAAAUUCUGGGGAUUAGGUCCCAGUAAGGAUCAUGGGGCUCAAUGGGACAUCAUUGAGUGGACCACGCACUUGGCGUUUACGAGAUUGAACGGCGUUAACAGGACGGAACGGUGAAAAAUAAAAUUGUGGAAACAGCUAAACUUGCUAGCUAGUAGCCCUCGACUAUUGGUGCAGGAUGCUUUUGAUGGAGGGCUCUAAAAAUGGAUGUCUCUAUUACUAUCAGCUAGUGUACCUAUGAAUAUGAUCCUCGAGGAUU